CCUCUCUCUCUCUCGAUCGAGUCGAUGGAAAGCGCGGUUCCUCCCGGAUUGGCGCUUGCCGGAGCGAUGGCGAGAGCUGGAAUUUUUGGCAGGCGCUUCAGCAGCGGCGCAUUGGCCGCGCUCAGUAAUCCGGAUUGUGGCGCUACGAGGAAGAAGAAGGUCGCAAUGUGGAUUGGAUACGUUGGAACAGGCUACAAAGGCUUGCAACUUCAUGGAGAUCAUCCAACCAUAGAGGCCGAUCUAGACAAAGCGAUUUACAAGGCUGGAGGGAUUCUCGACAGCAACUACGGCCACCAUAUGAAGGUCGGUUGGGCGAGAAGCAGUAGAACUGACAAGGGGGUGCAUUCACUAGCUACAGUGAUAUCCCUGAAAAUGGAGCUGCCUAUAGAUGCUUGGAGAGACGAUCCUGGUGGAAUCGAGAUCGCGGACAGGAUAAAUCGCCAUCUUCCACAAUGUAUACGCGUUUUUGGAGUCGUCCCAGUAAGCAAAACUUUUCGUCCCAGGAUGGCAUGCUCUGAAAGGUCUUACGACUACUUCCUUCCGGCGCUGUGCGUGGGAAUCAAUCAAAGGGUAUCCACUUGUGAGAUUAAACAACUCCUGGAACAGUUCAGGCUCCAGCUAAAGCUGUUUGAGGGCGAGCAUCCGUUUCACAACUACACUAUACGGCGCAAUUAUGGAAAACCAAAACAACAAGAUCUCAACUGGCGUACGAGAACUCCCAUAGCGGCGGAUAAUUCUUCUUCUUCAGAAGAAGAAGACGAGGAUGGAGAUGCCGACGAGCCACGGCUUCGGGUCCAACAGAAGCCUAGUCCUGCAUACUGGCUGCAGGAACUGGAUCCGACAGACAGGAUCACGUCACAACAUUACAGAAAGAUCAUCAGGUGCUCUUGUGGUGAUAUAGAAAAGUUCGGAGACACGCUUGCCCUCAGAGUCAGUGUUACGGGCGCUUCUUUCAUGGUUCACCAGAUACGAAAAAUGAUCGGAACGGCUGUUGCUGUGACCCGAAAGUUGCUACCUCCGGACAUAAUCCAAAUGUCUCUCUGCAGGCAUUCACGGAUUGUCCUGCCAAUAGCACCUUGUGAAGGCCUCACACUCGCCUCAAGUAAGUUUUGUUCCCAACACAGUACAUCUCAUGCCAUCAACUUGAGUAGCCUCGGAUGCCAAAGAAGGGAGGCCUUUUGGAAAGACCACGUUUUCCUGGAGAUUGUCAAGGCCAUGAAGAGUGAGAGGGAUCCUUGGAACAAGUGGUGCGAAGCAAUGGACUCGUAUUGUUAUCUCCCCGAGCCAGAUGUAAGCUCUCUCCGUGAUGCGUGGUUAGACUGGAAGAAACAGCGAAAUGCAUGCCUUGUGUAAGACAAUCUAUAACUUGUUACACUUGGUAUCUCCAGCUCUUUGGCCUUGUUACACUUGGUAUCUCCAGCUCUUUGGCCUUGUUACACUUGGUAUCUCCAGCUCUUUGGCCUUGUUACACUUGGUAUCUCCAGCUCUUUGGCCUUGUUACACUUUGUGUAUCAUUUUUACUUCGUUUUGUUGUCAGCAAACUUAACUAAAACAAAUUAGGCC